CAACCGCACCACACAAUAAUAGUACGCUGUCCAUAAGUUGCAUUCAAAUUUUCCUUUUGCUCCUUUAAAGAAAACUCGAAAUGUCAAUCUUUUUUUCUGUGUGUUGUUGAUGGAAGCUGCGAAAGAAGUUUGAAAAGAAACGCUAAUGACAUUUGUUUCAUGCCCAGCAGUUUUGACCAGGCACUGGCUAAACGUCUUAAUAAAAGCCGAUCGCGAUUGAAAAAUGUUUGAAAAUCAAGCUAUCCACACGGAGCACAAAGAUGUGAUACAUGAUGUAGCAUAUGAUUACUACGGUCAGCGAAUGGCAACCUGCUCGAGUGACCAAUUUGUAAAGGUUUGGGAUCAAAACGAGAACGACGUAUGGAGUGUAACGUCCAGCUGGAAAGCACACUCAGGUUCCGUAUGGCGUCUCUCCUGGGCUCAUCCGGAAUUUGGACAGGUGCUUGCAACUUGUUCCUUCGACCGAACUGUGUCCGUUUGGGAGGAAACAGUCGGAGAGAAAACUUCUCCCGCCAUGUCACCGGUUAAACGGUGGGUACGACGCACAAAUCUGGUGGAUUCGAGAACCAGCGUGACGGAUGUUAAAUUUGCUCCGAAAUCACAAGGCCUUGUCUUGGCAACUUCGUCUGCCGACGGUAUAAUUCGCAUUUACGAGGCACCAGACAUAAUGAAUCUAUCCCAGUGGACGCUAUCACAUGAAAUAGCAGUGAAAAUCCCCCUGAGCUGCCUGUCGUGGAAUCAAUCUAUGUUCAGACUACACGCGCCAAUGAUUGCAGCCGGCAGUGAUGAUUCUUCUCAAAGUUCAGGCGGUAAAGUGUUCAUUUUUGAAUACAGCGAAAAUUCCCGACGGUGGACUAAAACUGAAACAAUAAGCUCCAUCACGGACCCAGUGCAUGAUAUCGCCUUUGCUCCGAAUGUAGGAAGAAGCUAUCAUAUACUAGCCGUGGCUAGCAAGGAUGUUCAAAUUUUUAAUCUGAAGCCAAUUCUCGAACCUACAUCAAGCACACGCCUGGAUGUUCAACCUGUAGCACAAUUCGGUGACCAUUACUGUACCGUUUGGAGAGUCACAUGGAACAUAACGGGUACUAUGUUGGCGUCAACUGGAGACGAUGGCUGCGUCCGCAUGUGGAAAAUGAACUACCUGAAAAACUGGCGCUGCGCAGCGGUACUCAAGGCAGAAAAUACGCAAUCUGUUCAGGAAAAUUCUGCAGCACCUUCAUUGAACUUGUCCAGCUUAGUAAAUGCCACCGCAAAAUACUACAAACGGGGCACGAUCAGCCAUCCGAGUCAAGUACCGCGUCAUUAGUCGUUAAAUGUUUAAGCUAGAAAAGUAAUUUCAAUUCAUAAUAACUGCGUAAUAAAUUUGAUCUAUCAGUUUACCAUUUCACUUGAA